GCAUAGUCGGCAAUGAUGCAGCGGUGUAUGACGAAGGUGUCCAGACAAUGAACACGACGCGCACGCGUUCUGGCUGGGGAUCGCCAGGGCAGACAGGGUCAACCCCCACUUGACGCGGGGCAUCCGCCGCUAUCUCUGCGCAACACCCAGCAACCAAUCUCACACCAGACGAAAUGCCUUACACCACCCUCGCGCACGCAUCGCAACACAGCGCAACACAUACUCAACUCCCAGAGCCACCCUGAACCACCAUCACCACAAUGUCCACCCCCCUCGAACGCGCCCUGACCGCCAUCGACGCGGCCCACGCGGAGGACCCAAAUAAAGUCACGAUCAACGACACCGAACUCCCCUACGAACUGCACUACGCGCAGAAAUGCACAUCCUAUCUCGAAAAGCGCGCGCCCGAAGCGUCAGAGCCGCUGCGUAUAGCAAUCCGCGCCCAACACUUCCGCCGCUGGGAAGUUCCACGAUCCAGCUAUCCCAUGACGCGCCCAGGAUACCACGCCUGGCGCACCUACCUAAAAAAGCGGCAAGCGGAGCUCGUCGAGCAAAUCUGCCUAGACAGCGGAUACACUCAAGAAGACGCCUCAACAGUAGGCAGUCUAAUCCGCAAAGAAGACCUAAAAGUGAAUGAGGAGACGAUGGUGUUGGAGGAUGUGGCGUGUCUUGUUUUCCUAGACGACCAGUUUGAGGCGUUCGAGAAGGAACAUGACGAGGAGAAGAUUAUUAAGAUAUUGCAGAAGACGUGGGGGAAGAUGACGGAGAGGGGGCAUGAGUUGGCGUUGGAGAUUCCCAUGGGGGAGAGGCCGAGGGAGGUUGUUAUGAAGGCGUUGGCGGGGAAUUGAGUUGGAAUGAAAUGAAAUGAAUAUUGAAUUAGACUGUGUGAUGUUUGUUCAUUAUUCGGAUGUGACUUUCGUUAUGUUCUGGGUAUCGUUCUGAGCCUGUGACAUCUUCUUCCCUCCUCUUAUGAC